AUGGGAAACGGGAAAGAACAGCCAACUACGCAGACAUUAUCUAACUCAAAUCCCCCAUCCGAGGCCAUACCAUCAACUAGUCCAAACAUCCCAAAUUACAUGCCUGGUUACUUUGGACCAGUGCCUACGUGGUCACCGACUUUUCUACCAUAUCCGAAUGCUGGUUACCCAUUUCAUCAUAUCAUCGAACCUCCGACUCCUAUCAGCAAUACAAGCUCCGCCACAAGCAGAAUAGUUGGUUCAGAGGAUAAUAAACCUGAUGGUGGGGAAACUGAAGUGCCAUGUACAAGUCCACAAGUUGAAGAAUGUACUGAGGAUAGACCAAGUCCUAUGGAACCUGGUGAUGGCAGUGCUGAGAAAUCUCAGAAUGUCCAAGUGGAGCAUGAUGAUACAAUUGAGGAGCCAAAAUCAGGAAUGGAGUUUAAUUCCUUUGAAGAUUUAUUAAGUUAUUAUAAGGAAUAUGGUAAAAGGAGCAGGUUUGGGGUGAUGACGAAGUGGACCGAGAGGGGAGAAGAUGAGUCAGUUAGAUGGGUCACCCUUACUUGUGCUCGCAGUGGGAAGGCGCAGAAUAGGACGUUGAAUGUUGCCAACCCACGUCCGACAGGGAAAACUGAAUGUAAGGCAAAGAUUAAUGCCUUAAGAGAAGUUAGUGAUGCCGUAAAAAGGGUCCUCGAUACAAAUGAUUUGGCUGGCAUCCGAACGAAUAAGAGUUACAGAUCUCUUGUUGUUGGCGCGGGUGGAUUCGAGAACCUCCUAUUUUUGGAAAAGGAUUGUCGUAAUUAUAUUGACAAGGCCAGACAUUUACGACUUGGAGCAGGUGGUGCUGGAGCGCUGCGAGAUUACUUUUUACGGAUGCAGUACAAAAAUCCUGGGUUCUUUUAUAUGAUGGAUAUAGAUGAUGAGGGGAGGUUAAAGAACGUCUUCUGGGCAGACCCCCAUAGUAGAGCAGCGUACCAAGAUUUUGGUGACGUGGUCACAUUCGACACCACAUACCUAACGAAUCGAUAUGGGAUGCCCUUUGCACCAUUUGUUGGUGUAAACCACCAUGGACAGUCAAUUUUGUUGGGGGCAGGCCUGAUUUCCAGUGAGGAUACCGAGACCUUUGUGUGGUUAUUCGAGACAUGGUUGCAAUGCAUGGAUGGUAUCGCUCCGAAGGCUAUUAUCACUGAUCAGGAUAGAGCGAUGAAAAAUGCGAUCGCAAUUGUUUUCCCAAAAGCCCGACAUAGAUUUUGUCUUUGGCAUAUACUAAAGAAAGUCCCCGAGAAGCUUUGCUCAUAUAGUUCGUACAAAACUGGGAUGAAAAAUGCAUUGAUGAAAUGUGUCUAUGACACCCAACUUGUUGAUGAGUUUGAGAAAUGUUGGGAUCAGUUGAUUAACACAUACAACUUACAUGAGAAUGCGUGGUUGCAAAGCUUAUAUGUUGAGCGUGACCAUUGGAUUGAGAAUGAAAAUCUUGCGAACUUCCAGUCAUUUAAUGCCACAAUCCCCUGCAUAUCUAGAUCUCUGAUUAAAAAGAGGUUUCAAGAGUUGUACACAAAUGCUAAAUUUAAGGAAGUUCAGCAGCAAGUCAACGGCAUCAUUGACUUGAAUCCAAAGUUACAUAAAAGUGAUGGUGCAGUAAAAACAUAUAUGGUAGAGGAUGAAGUUUGUUUAGAAGAGUUCACUAAGCUGGUUACCCAUUUUGUGGACUUUAGUGACAAAGAUGCAGUUGCAAAGUGCUCUUGUGGAUUACUUGAGAUGAGGGGGAUAUUCUGUCGACAUAUUUUGGCCAUGAUUACUCACGCAGCGGGUUCGAAAGAUCAUACUGAGGAUGCGAGAACUAAGUUAUAUGCAAUGAUUGAUUUGUAUCGUGCCAAUCAAGGACCCCCAUCCAUGACUCAAAUUGGUUCCAAUGUUGAUAGUACGGCAAAGGACACUACGGUCGAUGGUUCUAGGGAAGUACGUAGUCCGCGUGUUGUGCGAGGUAAAGGCAGACCUCCAUCUCUAAGGAGAGCAUCCAGGAUGGAGAUAGACAUGCGGAAAGCUAAAGCAAAGACUAAGAAAGCACCAGCAAAGGGGAAGCGUAAAGAGGCUGUUCCAGAAAGAGAAAGCGUGGCUGUAGACGUUAUUGGAACCGAAUCUUGA